ACUAUAAGAAGAAAUCGAAAUUUCACAAGAGCGCACCUCUAGGCGUAAUAUUUUGUAGAAUUAUUUUAUUCAACUAACGACAACCUGCUCUAUGAGGCGACAACCUUUGUCAGGGUGACAACACUUAGUAUUUUAUACCAAAUCGACGUAGUAGGUAGGCAUCGGAGACGCAAUUGCCUGGCGUAGGCAACGCAACAACAGUCAUCCAGAAUCGUUGAAUAACCCCAAAGAAGUCAUGGCGUUCCGGCUGCUAAGCACGGCCAAGGCAAUGAACAGCCUGAUGAGACGCAGCUACAUGUCCGGCCCGCUGCCAAACAAACAGGUGCAGCGCGGAGCUGGUGUCGGUGUUGGUAUGCUGCCGGGGCAACUUACGCCCCUAAUACGCUACUUCGUGGAGCAGCUGCAGUUGUUCUGCAAGAAGCCGCCGAAGGGCUUUGAAAAGUUCUUUGAGACCGGCGGCAAGUCCACACAGCCAAAAGGUGCUGCCGGGGAAAAGAAGGCUCCGGGCAAGGACAGCCAACCCGCCACAGACAAACCAAAAUCCACAGUAUCGCAAACGUCCAAGUCGGCCGCCGCUUCAGAGUCUAAGUCAGACUGGAAUUUCGGGAUGUUUAGCAAUAGUUCUCGCGGAGCCUCUGGAAAAGGGUCAAAUCCCCCCGGCGGUCGUCCCAUAAGCGAGGGCAGUGGCGGAGAUCGCGAGCGAUGGAUUCUGCUGGGGGCCAUCGGUGCCGUGGUGCUCGUCGGCUCGUUUGCCUUCUUCGAAAUGGGCUACAAGGAGAUCUCCUGGAAGGAGUUCGUAAACAGUUAUCUGUCCAAGGGAAUUGUGGAAAAACUGGAGGUGGUCAACAAGAAGUGGGUGCGCGUGCGCCUCCAGCAGAACAGUGGCCAGGGCAGCGGUGUGCUCUGGUUCAACAUUGGCAGCGUGGACAGCUUCGAGCGGAACCUGGAGACGGCCCAGACAGAGCAGGGCACGGAGUCGAUCAACUUUUUACCUGUCAUCUAUCGCAACGAAGUGGAGGCCUCCAGUCUGACGGGUCUGCUGCCCACGCUCCUCAUAAUCGGCUUCCUAGUCUACAUGAUGCGCAAAUCCGCCGACAUGAUGGGCGGCGCACGGGGACGCAAGGGUGGCGGUCUUUUUGGCGGUGUCAUGCAGUCCACAGCCAAGCUGAUAAAUCCCACAGAGAUCGGUGUGCGCUUCAAGGACGUUGCUGGCUGCGAGGAGGCCAAGAUUGAGAUUAUGGAGUUUGUCAACUUCCUGAAGAAUCCACAGCAGUACAUCGACCUGGGUGCCAAGAUACCAAAGGGAGCCAUGCUCACGGCCCCGGGCACGGGGAAAACGCUCCUGGCCAAGGCCACCGCCGGCGAGGCCAACGUUCCAUUCAUCACGGUGUCCGGCUCGGAGUUCCUCGAGAUGUUUGUGGGCGUGGGUCCGUCUCGCGUGCGUGACAUGUUCGCCAUGGCCCGCAAGCAUGCCCCCUGCAUACUGUUCAUCGAUGAGAUCGAUGCUGUGGGGCGGAAGCGAGGCGGCAAGACUUUUGGCGGACAUUCGGAGCAGGAAAACACACUGAAUCAGCUGCUGGUGGAGAUGGAUGGCUUUAAUACCACGACGAACGUGGUGGUGCUGGCUGCCACCAAUCGCGUGGACAUCCUGGACAAGGCAUUGAUGCGACCGGGUCGCUUCGAUCGUCAGAUCUAUGUGCCGGCGCCCGACAUCAAGGGCAGGGCGAGCAUCUUCAAGGUCCAUCUGGGCGGACUGAAGGCGGAGCUGGACAAGAACGAUCUGGCCCGGAAGAUGGCGGCCAUGACUCCUGGCUUCACCGGCGCCGACAUCGCCAACGUGUGCAACGAGGCCGCUCUGAUUGCCGCCCGCGACUCCAAGGACUCGAUUGUGCUCAAGCACUUUGAGCAGGCCAUCGAGCGUGUGAUUGCCGGCAUGGAGAAGAAGACGAAUGUGCUGGCGCCGGAGGAGAAGAAAACGGUGGCCCACCACGAGGCGGGACAUGCUGUGGCCGGCUGGUUCCUGGAGCAUGCGGAUCCUCUUCUGAAGGUUUCUAUCAUCCCGCGAGGCAAGGGCCUGGGCUAUGCCCAGUACCUGCCCAGCGACCACUACCUACUGUCCAAGGAGCAGCUGUUCGACCGCAUGUGCAUGACCAUCGGUGGACGAGUGGCCGAGGAGCUCUUUUUCAACCGCAUCACCACCGGUGCCCAGGACGAUCUGAAGAAGAUCACGGACAUCGCCUACUCGCAGGUGGUGCGCUUCGGCAUGAGCGACAAGAUCGGGCAGGUAAGCUUCGAUGUGGGCCAGGCCGGCGAUCCCGUGUUCAGCAAGCCCUACUCCGAGGACACGGCGAUGAUGAUCGACGGCGAGGUGCGGUCCAUCAUCCAGUGCGCUCACGAGGCCACCACCGAACUGCUGACCAAGCACAAGGAGGAGGUGCGUCGCGUGGCCGAGCGCCUGCUGCAGAACGAGGUGCUCAGCCGCGACGACAUGAUCGAGCUGCUCGGCCCGCGUCCGUUCAAGGAGAAGUCAACCUACGAAGAGUUUGUCGAGGGCACCGGCUCCUUCGAGGAGGACACCUCGCUGCCCGAGGGCCUCAAGAGUUGGAACAAGGAAAAGGAGAUCACCCCGCCCACUGACACUUCCUCGUCGCCUUCGCCCCCGACCAAGCCAGUGCCUACCCAGACCAGCUAGACGCUUGUCCAGAAGGACCAGUCACAGAUAGAGAAUGUGCAACCCCGAAGGAUGGAGGAGUAGAGCAGUGCGGUAACGAGGCCUGGAGUGUUCCGGACACAAGCGCACGCUCUUAAAAAUUUUGUUUGCAUAUUUUUAAGGUAGAACGCCCCGAUGGAUGUGUCCCUGUUCGGGUGGUGAUGAACGGGGCAUAGAUCUGUAAACUAAAUUCCCCCGUAAGCUGGGGAACAAUAAAUUCAAAGCGCCUCUAAGUGUGGGAAAACGCUAGAA